AUGACCAAUGCUCUAAGAGUGAGGAUGAAAGUUCAAAUCAUAUCAAGAAAGUUGAUAAAACCAGCAACUCCAACUCCACCUCACCUUAAGAGUUUCAAAUCAUCAUCCAUAGACCAGCUUGCCCCUGAAGCAUAUGUGCCAUUUAUUGUUUACUACGAUGCCAAUGGGGACAAAAAUGAAAAUGAUGGAAGGAGGAAGCGUUUGCAGAAAUCACUUUCAGAAAUCUUAACCCUCUAUUACCCUUUGGCUGGUAGAUAUAUCAAAGAUAAGCAACUAGUUGACUGUAAUGAUGAGGGGGUGGAAUACUUGGAAGCCCAAGUAAGUGGCAAGCUUGCUCAACUUCUCCAAGGAGAACUCAAACCCGAGCUGUUGAAUCCUCUUGUUCCGAAUGCAAUGCCAUCUGCAACUACUCCUUUAGCAUUUGUUCAAGUCAACAUGUUUGAUUGCAGUGGCCUAGCCAUUGUGCUGCUCUUUGCGCAUUUCAUAGCCGAUGGGAUUUCAGCGACUACGUUUUUCAAUGCAUGGGCUACAUCAUGCAAAUCAGCACGGAUCAAUGAAGUGAUUCACCCAAGAUUCGACCUGGCUUCUUUCUUCCCACCAAAAGAGAAUGUUGUACCUGCAAAGCCCCCUAAGAAUAAUCCUGGAGCUCCAAUCAUCACGAGAAGGUUUGUGUUCAAUGGUGCUGCAAUAACAAGCCUAAAAGCCAUUGCCAAAGGUAGUGCUUGUGAUUCUGAUCAAUUAUUAACAAAACGCAAACCUUCACGGGUAAUGGUAGUGACAGCAUUAAUAUGGAAGGCUCUCAUUGCUGUGGCACAAGCUAAACAUGGGCACUUAAGGGCCUCUAUUUUGUGUCAUUCAUUGAACCUGCGCAGAAGGACAGCUCUGCCAAUACCAGAUAACUCUUUUGGAAAUUUCUACAUGGUGGCCAAUGCUCGGUUUGGUGGAGAUAGAGAAAGCGAUGUGGAGUUGCAUGAAUUGGUGGGUUCACUUCAUGAUUCAAUAAGGAAUGUGCUUGAUGACUGUAAGAAACCACAAAAUGGGGAUGAUUUGAUUUCCAUGAUGACUAACUCCUUGAGAGUGGUUGAUGAAGAACUUGAAAGAGGUGAGACCGAUAUAUUUAUGUUCACUAGCUGGUGCCGAUUCUGUGUGUAUGAAGCGGAUUUUGGUUGGGGAAAGCCUACUUGGUUGAGCAGUAUAGCCGUUCCUAUGGAAAUGGUUGGUCUGCAUGACACCAAAGAUGGUGAUGGAAUUGAGGCAUGGAUGAGUUUGCACGAAAAUGCUAUGCUUCUAUUUCAGAAUUAUCCACAGAUUAAAGCCUUUACCUCCCAAAUCUAG